AUUUCAUCCAUAACAUGUUGAGAAAAUGGAAGUGGUGAAAAACCAUGGACAGUUUUAGACACGGUGUUUAAUACAGAAAGUGUAGGCAUCUAGUUUGGGACUUUAUAGAAGAUCGAAUCACGGAGAUGGCCUCGUUCUCGUGAAGAUGAGUCCGGACGCGGAGAAAUUGUCGUGUCUUUAGAUCCUGCUGAUUUUAUGUCAAAAAGAAAGAAACAAAUAAUCAAAAAAACCAAACAAAUAAGAAAAGAUGUAUACAUGAAAAAAUUAAAACUAUCUGCAAGAAUUAGGUUAUUUGUCGUUCAUAUAAAAAAAAGGCAGCAAUCUUCAUCAUUUCUGCCUCCAGGUCAACGAGCAACGUAACAACUUAAAUCUGUCCUCAACAGAUUUAAUCACUUUCCCUUCAUGAUACAGAAAUGUAGAGGUUGUGAUUUAGGAUUUAGAUUUAGAUUUAUUUUAGAGCUAAGAGACUGAUCAAAAUAGAUGUAAUAAGGCUUACUGUAUGUGAUAUAAAAAUCAGAUCAGAUAAGUAAUCUCUGACCUGUGGAGCAUGGUUCAUAGAUUUUGAUAUUGACCAAAUAUAUCAAAAUUAUUUUCCUUUCAGUUCUCAGCUAUUAAUUAAUGGUGUGACAAAGUUUUAUCUACUUGAACCCCAAAAAUAUUGUAUUUUUAUGAUUAACACUUACAUGCAGGUUUCCCACGUUUUAAUGUCACAGUUUUUAAUAUUAUCGUGUCAUUGUGUGCAUCUCUGACAGUUUUUUAAAACAUACACACAAAAAGUAUAAAUAUUUGUUCUCCACCUUUUUAGACAUCAAACUGUACAGAAUUUAUGUUUUUACAGUUUGAGAGAGGGAGCGCUGCUGUAGGCCGAUUGGAGAGUCCGGUGUUGACGUCAUGACGUCAGGUCAGCAGCGUGUGGGACCCUGCAGACUCCUCGCCCGCCCCCCCGAAGUCCGGAGAGACACACGUUAUCAGGGAGGCAGCAGAAGGGCCAGUCAUCUGCUCACAUCUUUUCUGCAUCGACCACAAUCCCCUUCAUCCUUCCUGUAUGGUGGAUAUUAUUUUCAGCUCUUCUUUCUUGGGUGAUAUGGGGGAUCAUUCCAAAAAGAAGCCAGGAUUCGCGAUGUGUGUCGGAUGUGGAAGCCAGAUCCAUGACCAGUACAUACUGAGAGUGUCUCCCGACUUGGAGUGGCAUGCAGCCUGCCUUAAGUGUGCGGAGUGCAGCCAGUACCUGGACGAGACCUGCACUUGUUUCGUCCGGGACGGAAAAACGUAUUGCAAAAGAGAUUAUGUAAGGUUAUUUGGAAUAAAAUGUGCAAAAUGCAACCUGGGAUUCAGCAGCAGCGAUCUGGUGAUGAGAGCCCGGGAUAACGUGUAUCACAUCGAGUGUUUCCGUUGCUCGGUGUGCAGCCGGCAGCUGCUGCCGGGAGACGAGUUCUCUCUGCGGGAAGACGAGCUGCUGUGUCGGGCGGACCACAGCCUGCUGCUGGAGAGGAGCUCGGCAGGAAGCCCUCUGAGCCCCGGACACCUCCACCCCAACAGACCGCUGCACCUGGCAGCAGACCCGGUGUCGGUGCGGCAGGCUCCGCAUCGGAACCACACGCACAAGCAGUCUGAGAAGACGACACGAGUCCGGACGGUACUGAACGAGAAGCAGCUGCACACCCUGCGGACCUGCUACAACGCCAACCCGCGGCCGGACGCGCUGAUGAAGGAGCAGCUGGUUGAGAUGACCGGCCUGAGCCCCCGGGUCAUCCGGGUCUGGUUCCAGAACAAGCGCUGCAAAGACAAGAAGAAGUCGAUCCUGAUGAAGCAGCUCCAGCAGCAGCAUCACAGUGAUAAGACUGUAAGCAUCUUCAACCUGCAGGGCCUCACGGGGACACCUCUUGUAGCGGGGAGUCCUAUCCGACAUGAGAGCAGCGUGCAGGGGAACCCCGUGGAGGUUCAGACCUACCAGCCUCCAUGGAAAGCACUGAGUGAAUUCGCCCUGCAGAGUGAUCUGGACCAGCCCGCCUUCCAACAACUGGUAUCUUUCUCUGAAUCGGGCUCUCUCGGGAACUCUUCGGGCAGCGACGUGACUUCUUUGUCCUCUCAGUUACCGGACACCCCCAACAGUAUGGUACCCAGCCCGGUGGAGACGUGAAACGGGGCCCUCCAGACCUCCCGGGUCCCCCUUUUCUCCUGCAGGGACAUUUGCAGCAUGAUCCCGGUCCCCUGCAUGUGACCAGCUCAUCAUCACCAACUACAGCGGAGUUUUUUUUUUAUUAAUAUUAUUUUACUUCCUGAGAUGGAACAGAAGAAAGAAGCGAUGGACUCCUGUUUUUUUCUUCCUUUUUAUGGAGCUUUCAUCGACAAAAACUGAGCAGAACAAUUGUUGCAUGACUUGAUACGGAGAUAGAAGAUGUACAGAAGACCUCCUGAUGGAUAUACUACAACAAAUCUCCCCCUCUGAUACAAAAAGGAGACAUUUCCAAAGGACAUUUCUGCGAUUUCUUCAUUGUGAUCAUAUUGUGUCUCAUUUUUUGAUACAUUUAUUGCGUUGUGGAGUCCAGUUGACUCUUUGUCUUAAGGUCAGAGCAUGAUAAUCUGCAAACUAUUCGUGUUGUAAAAUACUUUAUCUUACGGGCAGGAAACAAGCUGUUUGAGCUCCUCGAACAAAAAAAGUAAAUUAUUGUUAUAUUAUUUAUUGUUAGGAAAGCGGUUCGUAAAGGGAUUAUUAACUGAUAAAAAAUAAAAAGAUGAACACGUGAUGCGUCUUGAUGACCAAUCUUUGUGCAGGCGAUUUGUUAUGCAGGCGCAUUGGCGUUCUUAUUUAA